AUGGUGGCUACCCGUGUGCGCAUGCAGCCCAGCUCGCUGCAUCUGCCGCCACCGACGCGCGAGACGCUGCCGCAAGUGUACAGCGGCGACACCACGACGCUGCUGCCGCUCAACGAGACGCUCGGCUUCGAGGCCAUCUUUGCGGUCAACAUGCCCACGCGGCCCGACAAGCGCGACGAGCUCUACCUGCUCGCACACACGGCCGGGCUCAAGAUCGACGUGCGCGACGGCGUCGACGGCAAGACGAUCAAGCAUCAGCAGGCGCCCGACAUGAUCGGCCACCUGGGCGCCCUGCGCGGCCAUGCCAAUGUGCUGCGCGAGAUUGUCGACCGCAAGCUCACGUCGGCGCUCGUGAUCGAGGACGACGCGGACUGGGACGUCGACCUCCGCGUGGCGCUGCAGCGCCUCAUGGGCCCGCUCGCCACGCUCAGGCAGUCGCUGCACCCCGACGCCAGGAUCACGCGGCCCUCGGCGUGGGCGCCGUGGGGUGAGAACGACUUUGACGUGCUGUGGUUCGGGCACACGCACGAGGCCUCGUGGAACGAGGCCGGCGGACCGCGCCCCUACGUGACGUACGAGGACGACACGAUGGCCGACUUUGAGAAGACGGAGCCGCAGAACCGCUGGGUCUACAAUGACUACCGCAUCGCGCUGCCCAAGCAGGAGCACAGCGAAGAGCUGGCGCCGCCGCGCCGCAUCAUUCAGAAGGGUCGCCACCCGAUGGGCUCGCAGGCCUACGUGCUGACGCUGCGAGGCGCCAUGAAGAUGCUCUACCACAUCAACCACGUGCCCUUCCGGCCCUUUGACGAGCAACUCAAGUACAUGCUCGAGACCGACGUGCUUGACAGCUACUGCGUUGUGCCGGCACUCUUCUCCAUGUACCUCGCGCCGUGGGAGUCCACCGACAGCGACGUCUCUGUCGCGCAGGGCGUAGACAAGCCGCGCAUUCUCACAGGCAGCGACGGCUUCGCGUGGGACAUUCGGAAGAGCAGCCGCGCCUCGCUCGAGGACCGCCUUGGCGCCACUGUGCCCAAACGGCCGUAGCGCGCUUUGCUCUCCUGAGAGCUUUGGUGAUACACCAGGGCACUCGCUAUGCACUCCACGGCCGAGCUUUGC